AUGGAGUGGAUCUCAUUCGACAUAUUCCGCGACAUGAGAGAGCUAGACGAGGAGCGCGCAAACCAUGUGGCGGAAGCCGUGGAGAAGUCCAUGAUGAUUCAAACCUGCAGCAGCCGCGGCAAAGACAUGGGAUUUUCGGACUUUGUCGAGUACCGGUCCGUUGAUGCGGGCACGUUAAUGCUAUUUGCCCUCAUUCCAUUUGGCAUGGCUCUUCGGCCCAAGCUGGGGGAGCUUGAGCAAGUUCAGGAUAUUAAUGCAAAUUUUGCAAGACAUUUCCUUGGUAUGAACGACCUAGUCGGGUAUGAGAGGGAAGUGGUCGAGUCCAAAGCUGGACAUGAAGAAGGCGGCACGCUCAUUAACAGUAUAUCGGUUUUGUCUGCCGAACUUGGCCUGUCCCCGGCGGCGACGAAACGACUCCUGUGGCAAAUGUGCCGAGAAUGGGAAAGGAAGCACAAGCAGCUGGCAAAGGACGUCUUGAGCGUCGACCAUUCGCCCGAUUUGGAGACUUACGUUGAAUCUCUGGAAUACAUGAUGACGGCAGGAGAAGUAUGGGGACUGGUUACGGCAAGGUACCAAGUGUCUUGA